CUAUCUCAGGCUCAAGCCAAUGACAGUGACAGUGAUGUGGGUUCCAAGCUGAAGAACAGGUCCUCUGGAUCAGAGAGUGAGACGGACGACAGUGACGAUGAUAAGAGGCCGAAGAGGCGGGGCCGACCACGAGCACGCAAGAACAAUGUAGAGGGAUUCACCGAUGCAGAAAUCCGAAGGUUCAUAAAGGCUUACAAGAAGUUUGGAGCUCCACUUGAGAGGUUGGAGGGCAUAGCCCGUGACGCUGAGCUGGUGGAUAAGUCUGUCGCAGACCUGAAGAGGCUGGGAGAGCUGGUUCAUAGCAGCUGUGUCACUGCUGUACAGGAACAUGAGGAACACCUGAAAGACAACCCCUGUGAAACAAAGGGUCCUGGGAAACGCAGAGGGAUUAACAUAAAGAUUUCGGGGGUGCAGGUCAACGCUAAAUCCAUCAUCCAACAUGAGGAGGAAUUUGAACCCUUGCACAAAGCCAUCCCCUCCAACCCUGCAGAGAGGAGCAAGUUCCUGCUGACCUGUCGUGUGAAGUUACCGCACUUCGACGUGGACUGGGAGGUGGAGGAUGACACGCAGUUGCUCCUGGGUGUGUACGAGCAUGGCUAUGGCAACUGGGACCUGAUCAAAACUGACCCGGAUCUCAAACUGGGCAACAAGAUUCUUCCAGACGACCCGGGCAAGAAGCCUCAAGCCAAACAGCUGCAGUCGAGAACAGAUUACCUCCUCAAACUGUUGAAGAAGGAGCUGGAAAGCAAGGACGUCGUAAAACCCGCAGAGGAGACCAAAGUGAAGAAGAGGAAGCCUCGGGUGAAGAAGGAAAAUAAAGCUCCCAAAGACGAGCAUGGCAAUGACAUUUCCUCUCCGCGGCUCUCAGACGUACCGUCAGAGGAAGGAGAAGUUAAGGAUGAAGGAGGGGAGAAGAGCCCAAGCAAGAAGCGACAGAAAAAGAAGGAUAAUAAAGAGAACAAGGAGAAACAGGGAACUCCCAAGAAAGAGAAAGAGGGAGAGAAAGACAAAAAGCAUUCCAAGCCAAAAAAGGAAAAGGCCAAAGCAGGGGCUCGGGGGAAGAAACAGCAGGGCCCAGUUCACAUCACUGCAGGAAGCGAGCCUGUUCCCAUCGGAGAGGAAGACGAUGAGCUCGACCAAGAGACCUUCAGCAUUUGUAAGGAGAGGAUGAGGCCAGUGAAGAAGGCUCUGAAGCAGUUGGAUAAGCCGGAUGAGGGUCUGUCAGUGCAGGAGCAGCUGCAGCACACGCGCACCUGCCUGCUGAAGAUUGGAGACCGCAUCACAGAGUGCCUCAAGGCCUACAGUGACCCUGAGCACGUCAAGAUGUGGCGCAGAAACCUAUGGAUUUUUGUGUCAAAGUUCACUGAGUUUGGGGCCAGAAAACUCCACAAACUGUAUAAGAUGGCACAGAAGAAGCGAUCACAGGAGGAAGAGAAAGAGCAGAAGAAGAAGGUGGAGUCCUCCAGCAGGAAGAAGUCCUUCAGGCCUGAGCCAUCGGGUUCCAGCCGGGACUCCCAGCCCUCCCAAAAGCCCCUCCCGCCCCUGUCCCACCCAACACAGCCAACCCCCCAUGCCCACCACAGGGAGCCCUACAACCAGUCCAACAAAAGACACUUUAGCAAUGAUGAUCGAGGGGAUUGGCAGAGGGAGCGCAAAUACAGUUACCCCAGCAACAGCAACCAGUCCUGGCAGGGAGAACGGCAUCAUCCGUAUGAUCAGCACCGUUACAAGGAUCAUCACUACAGUGACCGUCGGCCGCACACCGACACGUACAGGAGUUCUGGAAACUACCGCAAGAGGCCUUACGAGCAAUAUGGCAAUGACAGAGAUCACCGCGGUCACCGUGACUACUAUGACAGGCACCAGGACACAAAGAGGCGGCGUACGGAUGAUUUCCGCUCCCAGAACUACCACCAGGGAGGUGCACAUGGGCAGGACUUCCGGAGGAUGCCGGAUCACCGUCCCCAGCCAAAUCAUGGCCCCAUGGGUCUUGAACACUACCGGCCCUUCCACCAGGACAAGGUCGGAGGGGGGGACUACAAGCCACCCCCCCUCCUAGACCCCCGCUCCCCUCAGGCACAGCAGUCGCCUCUCGACUCCCGCUCACCGCCGGAAAGGACCGCUGAGCCCAAAAAUGCCACUGGCGAUUUUAACUGGAACAGCCGUAAGACAUGAGGGAUGGGGGUGCGGGUCUGAGUGUGCCUGGUAAGACCUGUUCAUGCUGGAAAAAAAGGUAAAAAAAAAAAAAAAGAAGGGUAGCAAGGAAACAGACAAGUGUGCUGCUUUAAGGAAAUAGGCCAGUCCCCUUGACCCAGACUUUUCCCCACUUCUCUUCUGUAGUGAAGUUCUUGGCUUUCUUGACUUCCCAAGGUAGGGGGGAAACAGGACUAGAGCACCACUGACCAGCAACCACAAUAUGUUCUCUUAUCAUGUAAAUGUGACUGUGGUAAUUUAAUUAGGCACAGAUUUAACUCUAGGUGUUGAAAAGGUGUUCUUCCGGAAUACAGCAAAAGCAAGAGAAACUGCGUGGAGGUCUGAAAUUAGCCGACCAUCUUUGGCACGGUUAAUUGGAGCCUCUGGCUGGCCUGCCCUCGGUCUCGUGGGGAGUGAAUUGCACAGAAGCCUGUUUAGUCCCAUGGACUGUUGUUGGGGAGAGUUCAAUGCCUUCACAUUCAACCUUGACUGAGUUCUGGAAUAUGAAAGUGCCUCACACACUUGGCCUAUCUUUUGAAAGAUAUUAUUUGUUGAGGGAUAUAUAUAAUAUAUAUAUAUGUACAUAUAUAAUUUGUUUCUGUUCUUCCCAAAGCAACAGUUUUGAUUUUGUGCCAUUUUGUCCAAAGCAGUCUCCUCUCCUUGACAGUGUAAGGGUUUGUUCACUCUUCUGGUCCUCGGAGAUACACUUUUAACAGCUCUUUAUUUGGAAGAGUGUAGGUUUUGACUUCACAGGAAAUUAUAUCAGUAUGUCCUUAUUUUAAUACUCUUGCAAGCGGGAAAGCCGGACAGAGGGGGUUUGGUGGAAAAAUAGCCCUCUGUUAAGCGCUCCCGGAGUUCCCCACGCUCAUAUGACCUGUCAACUCUGAAUGUUCUAUAAAGCAGCCCAGUUUCUGGUUGCUGUCCUGCUGUUGUAAUAAUUUUUUUGACAAAAUGUUGAAAACGUGCAAGGAUUGCCCUAGCCUCCCAUGGUGUUCAGACUGCGGAGGCGAGAAGCUCCCCCAGUGGGCAAAAGGAUAGUAGCGUGUUACUUUUGCCUGGUCUUGUCAGUAUUUAUGGUUAACACAGACUGAGAGCAAAUUAUCACAACACUACAACUGUAAUUAAGCUAUUAUAAUUGACAUUUUCCCUCCCAGUGUGUAGUGGAUGAAUAAUUUAAACUUUCAUUUCCACAGCCAAUAAAGAACUAUGAGACUUGUGCAACUUGUCUUGCACUAUGAGUAGAACAGUAUUCUGCCGUUUAUUAAAUGAUGCAACUUGAAUUAUAUUUCAGGUAUUACCACAUAAAGGACAUAUUCCUUGAAAGUGAAUAUAUGUAAAUUAUGCCUUUUGAACCACAUGCAAAACCAUGAAAUUGCCAAAUGGUUUGUGUAAAGGUCUGAGGGAGUAUUGAUAAAAGAAAGGGGAGGGAAAUUAAAGUAUGGGCGGAUGCAGAGGUUUGAGUGCCAUAUCACAAGCUGUUCUGUCCCAUUAUGAUUGUCCAGUGGUGUUGUUCGCUUCUCCAGCUGUGCCUUAUUUUCAUUCAUAGACCUGUAUGUGUCCGUAUGGCUAUUACAGAUGUUGUCAUUGUGUAAAAAAAAAAAAAAAAAAAAAAACACACACAGAGGGGAAGCAGUAUUAAAUUGUUGUGAAAACAUUUUCAUGUGUGGUAUGGAAAGACCUCUUGAGCUGGGAGCGUUAGGGUGGGGGUUGUCGACAAUUGGGGUGGUGGGUUGGGUUUGGUUGUUUUUCUUGAAAUUAUGCAGAGUCCAAAGAGUCACAGGGAAGCAAAUCGUUGCACAGAAGAACCGGCAGGUGACAUUUCUCAAAACUACUGGCCACUGUAACUGAGGGGAUGGGUGUCACAGCUGACAGGCUCCUCUCCACGUUUUUUUUUUUUGGGGGGGGUUCCUCGUGUGUAGUCUUCUCAGAAACAAACAUUUUCAAGAAACCAAUCAAAAUAAUUUAUAUUUGUGAAAAAGCCACUGUCCACAUAAAUGUUGCUGUAAAUAUGUCGUUUAUAGACCUAUAUGCAUUAAAUUUUCCUACAUUAUGAAA